AUGUUUAAUAUUCUGUUGGUCGAUUUUAUCCCGUGCAAAUGCUCUAGCCUCUCAUUUGAGUAUCCAGUUCUUAAUGUCAUUUUGGUAGCGAAUUUUACAGGCUUUUAG